AUGACGAGCUUGAUCGCUAUCUUGCUAAAGGUGAGCCCCUACCUAUCCACAAAGAAACUUCGAUUUCUAAUACUUGUAGCCCUUACACGGGAUAUCUUAUCUAUUCCUGCUAGUGGUGCUAGUAUAGAGCGUCUGUUUAAUUACGCGCGUGAUAUCUAUUAUUAUCGACGUGGGCAAUUAAAAUCGGAGACAGUCAAAGCGCUGAUGCUUUAUAUGUGCGUAACAAAAUUCGAGGUUGAACAGAAGGAGAUUGAUUUUACUAAAGAGCUUAUUUCGGAGAGAGGCUCACUACCACCUCUCCCUUCUCUAGAUCCUAUUAGUGAUAGCGAGGAGGCCGAAGAUGAAGAUAUAGCUCUGAGUGAAGAUACUGGAACUAAAAGGCCUCGAAGUAGAAGUACUCAAUCCCAGGAGAAUGAAGUCAUACCUGAAUCGGCUGAUCUAGAGAAUACAUAA